CUGAGCAGGACUCCAGACUCCGGCCCAUUGCGAUUCCUGGCAACUUCCUCCGCUCUGCUCUGCUCUGGCGGGUUGGAAAUGUUUCGCACACGUUAGUAAGUCUUAAGUAAUAUAUGACAUGGAAUGUAUCCAGCGAUCCGACGAUUCCGGCUAGCUCUUGUAUAGCUGCAUCUCAAAAUCACAUCUCAUCAUCAAGUUUCAGGUAGGUUAGUCAUAGGCGCCCUGCAGGUUUCUAAGCUGUAGAAGAUUUCAGCAGGUUUGGGCUCCACAACUUAGAUUCUAUGCAAGCUGUGCUAUGUAUUGAUGGGUCUCCGACAAGCUAUGAUUGCCCUUUGCAGUUGAUUGUGCACCGUUCGCCCGUUAUUUUCACCCAGGUUCCAAUGAGCUAGCUGCGCAACUUUUACUCUCAAGUAAUUUUAGAUCUAGGCAGUCAAGCUGUAUUCCGUAUUUGGUUCGUGCAUCCCAAACCCCCAAACCCCCUCAGCGCCCCUCACAUCUGCAAUCCUGGGGCUCUUUGCGGGGAUCACCUGGCCCCCAUUCAUGGGAGGGUCAGGUUCUAAGCUUGAGAAGGCGCUCGGUGAGGCGUUUCCUGAGGGGGAGCACUACUUUGGGCUGGAGAACUUUGGGAACACAUGCUAUUGCAAUAGUGUGCUACAGGCCCUGUAUUUCUGUGCCCCUUUUCGAGAGAAGCUGCUCAAGUAUGCCGCCAAAAUCCCCAAGCCAGUUCCGGAGCCUGAUGAGACUCUCCUGAGCAGCCUGGCUGACCUCUUUUCACAGAUCAGCACGCAGAAGAAGAAGACGGGCGUGAUUGCGCCCAAGCGCUUUGUGCAGCGGCUCAAGAAGCAGAACGAGCUCUUCCGCAGCUACAUGCACCAGGAUGCGCACGAGUUCCUCAACUUUCUGCUCAACGAGCUCGCGGAAAACCUCGAGAAGGAGGAGAAAGCCCCGCGGGAGAGCGAGGCGCCGACGCCCAGCACGAGUGGGGGACAUGGAGAGGGGGAAGAGUUUGGGAAAGCGAACGGGCACGUGAAUGGGUUGGAGAACGGGGUGGCGGAGGGCACGAAGAGCGGGGCGCAGGGCAGGCAAGCAAAGACGUGGGUGCACGAGAUUUUCCAGGGCUUGGUGACGAACGAGACGCGGUGCCUGUGCUGCGAGACGCUGACGUCACGCGACGAAACGUUCUUCGACCUGAGCCUGGACAUCGAGCAGAACAGCAGUAUCACCAGCUGCCUCCGCAACUUCAGCUCUACGGAGACGCUCAACGCCGAGAACAAGUUCUUUUGCGACAAGUGCUGCAGUCUGCAGGAGGCCCAGAAACGGAUGAAGAUUAAGGCGGCGCCGCAGAUUCUGGCGCUGCACCUGAAGCGCUUCAAGUACAUCGAACAGCUGGGCCGCCACAAGAAGCUCAUGUACCGGGUCGUCUUCCCGCUCGAGCUGCGCCUCUGCAACACCGUCGAGGGGGGGGAUGGCGCUGAAGCGGAGUACUCGUUGUUUGGCGUAGUGGUGCAUGUGGGGAGCGGCCCCAAUCACGGGCACUACGUCAGCCUUGUAAAGAGCCACAGCCAUUGGCUGUUCUUUGAUGACGAAUCCGUGGAACCAAUCGACGAGUCUAUGGUCCAGAGCUUCUUCGGUUCCACACAGGAGUACUCUAAUAAUACCGAUCAUGGGUAUAUACUUUUCUACGAGAUGACGCGGCCGGAGAGUAGCACACUCCCGCGGCGCUCAAGCGAACAGUCAUAGCAUUGGAGUCUGGGCCGGUAUAUGAUAUCAGACCUUUUCAAAGUACAGCGUCUGUAAAGAAAGGUCCAUGUUGUCCAACCUGAGGCGAAUCAAUCAGUCCUACUAAAUACUUAUGUUGAACAUGGUAUAAGUUGAUCAUGGCUUAGUAAAAGCUUUUCCUCUGAGUUUGUGUCGUUUUGCUGGCGGCAUUCUUCAUUG